AUGGAAAAACCAUAUAAAAACGUAGUGAAUUUGGACAUAGUGAUAAAUGAAAUUCAGGAAAGGAAAAAUCGUAGUCUUAAUCUUAUUGUGUUUGGAAUACCUGAAUCUACAGAAAAUUCACCAGAAGACGGAAAAAGUCUUCAUAAAGACCAGCUUUCUAAAACUAUUACGUCACUGGCAACUCCAGAACCGGAAAUUCUCACUGUCAUCCGUUUGAGUAAACCUGUAUCGAAAAUUGAAAAGCCGCGUCCAAUCGAGGUAGUCCUGGCCAAUAAAUAUAAUGCUAUAAAUGUUCUGAAAAAUAAAGGUAAGCUGCCAAACUCUGUUAAGGUAAAGGCUGACAUGACACCAUAUCAAAGAGAUCAACUUAGGAGACUUCGUGAAGAACUAGCGGCUAGAACAAAAAAGGUGAGCAAAAUCUUACGAUCAAAUAUAUCGAUAAUAUACCAAAGAUUAUAA